AGGAUAGCUUACGUUCAACCCAACCAAACGGCGCACGUUUGUUUUUGGUGAAUCACAUAGCACUACAAAAGUUGCUGAAAGUGAAGGGAUUCAUUUCACAAGAAGCUUUACUUUUUCCACCGACGAGGAAAUAGGGUGAGGCUCUUCGUGUAACAUAGACGCUGAGAAUCUCUUCAUUCUUAUGCAGCUGUGAAGGCUACAACUGGAGAUAACAUUAGCUGUUUGGCUAACAUUAGCCUGUGCAUCACCUAGCUUUCCUUUCACUCCUCGCAGGAGAGUAAAAAGUAGGACGUCAAUCGAUCUUACAGUUUUCUCUGCAGGAUCACCAAAAUGUCUUCUGCUCAGCCGGUCAUCAAAUCGAAACAGACGGUGAAAGAAGUAAAUGGAAUUUCAACGCAGGUCGUCUGUACAGAGUUCAGUAAUUACAUAUUCGUAGUACUUACUCAGUACGGCAAAAUGGGGACAUUGAUAUCUGUCACACCUGACUCCAGAUCUAAUGACAUCAGCACCCCGUCGUUCUCCACCAAAGUACUGCUGGGCAAAGACGAGCCUCUUACUCAUGUCUGUGCCAAAAACCUGGCCACUUUUGUGUCACAAGAAGCCGGCAACAGGCCUGUUUUACUGGGACUGGCGCUCAAGGAUUCCUCCAUAGAUUCAAUAAAACAAAUGAAAGACAUCAUCAAAAGUUGCCAAGUCUGGUAGAAAGUCAUAAUGGACAUGAAGCCUGAAGACUGGGCGAAACAGUCAGGAUGUCCCCAAUGUCACAUUUUUCAUGCAUCUUUUUAAACUGAAAAUAAUGUAAUACUUACUGAAUCCCAAUCUGUGAUAGCUUAUGCCGCAACAGAGAAAUGUAUGAAUCCAAUUUCAGUAACUGAUCUUUUUUGAUUUGUUCAGACAGUGAAAAAUGUCUUCGGAGUUUAUUUGGUUGUAUAGAAAGAAUUUCUGCAAGCCACUGUGCUCACAGUGUGUUUGCAAAAUGAUAGCUGAUAGCUCCACUUUCAUCAUUGUAUGAAAUGCGUAUUGACCUUACUGUUUGUUUUGGAUUUGUAAUACUUUGUUUUUUUCAAUGCAAAUGUUUGAAAUUGUUGCAUUAUUAUUGAAAAAUAAAACAGGGCACUUCUGAAAUGUA